AAUAAAGCAGCAAGGGCUGCAGUUUCCCAGUGCGGACUGUGGGCGCCGCUGUUGGCCAAAGUGCAGAGCUUGGGCACUGGCGAUCUUCUCGCGCAGCCGCAGCGCACUUUCCUGUAUCAGACUCGCUAGGUCGAACCUUUACGCCACUUCCUCCUCUGGAAAAGAGGGAACCCUGACCCUCACGCAGGCAGUAUAGCCUGUUCGGAACUCUGGACAUCUGCAGCACAGAGAUUAUUUGUAAUCCGGCGUCUCCAGGCCGGUGAGCAACCUGAGGGGAGCCGAAGGGAUGGGGAGCGGCGCUGGGGAAAGGGGCUGGGCUGAGAGGCGGCCAGUGCUUCUUCCCUUCCUGCUGUCUUUGUUCUGCCCGGCGCUCACGGAGCAGAUCAGCUAUAAGAUUCCCGAAGAAAUGCCCGAGGGCUCGGUGGUGGGGAACCUCGCCAAGGAUUUGGGACUCAGCGUCCAUGAGUUACCGACUCGACAACUGCGCAUCAGUUCGGAAAAACCUUACUUCACUGUGAGCGCCAAGAGCGGGGAGUUACUUGUGAGCGGCAGGCUAGACCGGGAGCAGAUAUGUGGCAAGAAGCCAGCCUGUGCUCUGGAAUUUGAGGCUGUUGCUGAAAAUCCAUUGAACUUUUAUCACGUGAGUGUGGACGUAGAAGAUAUUAAUGACCACACACCAAAAUUCACGCAAACUUCCUUUGAGCUGCAAAUAAGUGAGUCUACAAACCCUGGGGCACGAUUUAUUUUAGGAUCUGCCCAUGAUGCAGAUAUUGGUGCCAAUUCAUUAUGGAAUUACCAGCUCAAUCCGAAUGAUCAUUUCUCACUCCUGAAUAAAGAGAAGUUAGAUGGUAGUAAAUACCCUGAGCUGGUACUAAAGAUGCCUUUAGACCGGGAAGAGCAGAAAUCCUACCAGUUGACCUUGACUGCAUUGGAUGGCGGGGAUCCACCCCUAAGUAGUACUGCCCAGAUACAGGUCCUAGUGACUGAUGCCAAUGAUAACCCUCCAGUGUUCAGCCAAGAAGUAUACAGGGUGGGCCUUCCGGAAAACGUGCUUCCUGGCACCACUGUGCUUCGAGUGAUGGCCACCGAUCAGGAUGAGGGGGUCAAUGCCCAAAUCACCUUCUCUUUCACUGAAGCAGGCCAGAUCACCCAGUUUGACCUGAAUUCUAAUACGGGAGAGAUUACUAUUCUAAAUACAUUAGAUUUUGAGGAAGUCAAAGAAUAUUCCAUAGUUUUGGAAGCAAGGGAUGGUGGAGGAAUGAUUGCCCAAUGUACUGUGGAGAUAGAGGUCCAGGACAUAAAUGACAAUUUCCCAGAAGUGGUAAUCCAGUCUCUACCAGAUCUUAUUAUGGAGGACACCAAGCUGGGAACACACGUUGCCUUGCUUAAAAUUCGUGACAAGGAUUCUGGAUACAACGGAGAAGUUACUUGUAAAUUAGAAGGUGAUGUUCCAUUUAAAAUACUCUCUUCUUCGAUAAACACGUAUAAAUUAGUGACAGAUGGAGUUCUAGACCGUGAGCAAACCCCUGAGUACAAUAUUACUAUCACGGCCACCGACAGGGGCAAGCCGCCCCUUUCAUCCAGGUGCAGCUUCACCCUACGCGUUGGCGAUGUCAAUGACAACGCUCCGUUUUUCCACCAGGCCUCCUACCUGGUCCGCGUGAUGGAGAACAACCCUCCUGGAGCGUCCAUCGCCCAAGUCAGCGCCUCCGACCCCGACCUGGGGCCCAACGGCCACGUCUCCUACUCCAUCGUGGCCAGCGACCUGGAGCCACGGGCGCUGGCGUCCCACGUGUCCGUGAACACGCAGAGCGGCGUGGUGUUCGCGCAGCGCGCCUUCGAUCACGAGCAGCUGCGCGCCUUCGAGCUGACGGUGCAGGCGCGCGACCAGGGCUCGCCAGCGCUCAGCGCCAACGUGAGCCUGCGCGUGUUGGUGGGCGACCGCAACGACAACGCGCCCAGGGUGCUGUAC